AUGCCGGCUCAAGAAUUUAAAGGAAAGAUCUUGUUCUUACACGGCUAUACACAGAGCUCAGCACUCUUUUAUGCUAAGACAUCUGCCUUACGCAAGAAGCUUAUCAAGCUCAACUACUUGCCAAUAUACUUGAAUGCUCCAGUUGUAUUAACUCCAGCACAACUACCUAACGGAGAAGAUUUGGCACAGUUUAACUCUUCCUUGGCACUUGAUAGCGAUGAUAGCAACCGUGCAUGGUGGACCAAGAAGGAUACCACCAACGAUAAUAUUGAGCUUGAAGACUCAUUGGAUGCCAUUAAGAACUAUGUACAGAAGGGAGAGAUCAUUCCCGAUUCAGAUAUGAAGGACCAAGCAGCUCAUAGUGAAAACUAUAAAGAUUUGCCUAUUAUUGGACUUAUUGGGUUCAGUCAAGGUGCUGCCUUAGGGAGUUUGAUAGCAUAUAGAUUCCAUGAAAUCUUUGAAACCAGUGAUAAGCUUAAGUUUGCCAUUUUUUAUAGUGGGUUUAAGUUGAAUACUGGUAAAGGAUCUGGGAAUGAGCAUUACGAUAAAUACUACAAAAAGGAUAAAGAUCAUGAUAUCAAGUUUUUGCAUGUCAUUGGUGAGUUAGAUACAGUGGUGGAAGAAGAUAGAGGCAUGUCUAUGUACAAACAUAGCAGUGAUCAUUCUGAUUUGCUUAAACAUCCAGGUGGCCAUUUUGUACCCAACUCCCGUCUUUAUAUUGACCAAGUCACUAAUUGGUUACAAGCUACGAUGGAGCCUAAAAAGGAAGAUAUCAAAAAGGAAGAUGAGGAUGAUUUCGAUGCAUUAAUGGACAUGAUGGAUAACCUUGGGAAGGCAUGA